AUGGCCGGGGCCGGCGGCCAGCACCACCCUCCGGGCGCCGCGGGAGGAGCGGCCGCCGGGGCGGGCGCCGCGGUCACCCCCGCCGCUGCGUCGGCGGGGCCCGCAGACGACUCGUCCGACAGCGAAGCGGAGCAGGAGGGACCCCAGAAACUGAUCCGCAAAGUGUCCACCUCCGGGCAGAUCCGGACCAAGACCAGUAUUAAAGAGGGACAACUGUUGAAGCAAACCAGUUCCUUCCAAAGGUGGAAAAAGCGUUACUUCAAGCUUCGAGGCCGUACGCUUUAUUAUGCAAAGGACUCCAAGUCUCUGAUAUUCGAUGAAGUUGACCUCUCAGAUGCCAGUGUAGCUGAAGCAAGCACAAAAAAUGCUAACAACAGUUUCACGAUAAUCACUCCAUUCAGAAGACUAAUGCUGUGUGCUGAGAACAGGAAGGAGAUGGAGGAUUGGAUGAGCUCACUGAAGUCUGUACAGACCAGAGAACCUUACGAGGUGGCCCAGUUUAACGUGGAACAUUUCUCAGGGAUGCAUAACUGGUACGCCUGCUCCCAUGCCCGCCCCACUUUCUGUAACGUGUGCAGAGAAAGUCUUUCUGGAGUCACCUCCCAUGGCCUGUCCUGCGAAGUGUGUAAAUUCAAGGCUCACAAAAGAUGUGCAGUGAGGGCGACAAAUAAUUGCAAAUGGACAACUCUGGCCUCCAUCGGGAAGGACAUCAUAGAGGACGAAGAUGGAGUAGCUAUGCCUCACCAGUGGCUCGAGGGCAACUUGCCGGUGAGUGCUAAAUGUGCUGUCUGUGACAAAACGUGUGGGAGUGUUCUGCGUCUACAAGAUUGGAAAUGCCUUUGGUGUAAAACAAUGGUACACACUGCCUGCAAAGAUUUAUACCAUCCUGUGUGUCCCCUUGGCCAAUGUAAAGUGUCCGUCAUACCUCCAAUUGCACUGAAUAGCACUGAUUCUGAUGGUUUCUGUAGAGCGACAUUUUCAUUCUGUGUUAGUCCACUAUUGGUUUUUGUCAAUUCUAAGAGUGGAGAUAAUCAGGGAGUAAAGUUCCUUCGUCGAUUUAAACAGUUGCUAAAUCCGGCUCAGGUGUUUGAUUUAAUGAACGGAGGUCCUCAUUUAGGUUUAAGAUUAUUCCAGAAGUUUGACAAUUUCCGAAUUCUUGUGUGUGGAGGAGAUGGAAGUGUAGGUUGGGUUUUGUCAGAAAUUGAUAAGCUCAACUUGAAUAAACAGUGUCAGCUGGGAGUAUUGCCUUUGGGUACAGGAAAUGAUCUUGCCCGGGUUCUAGGCUGGGGAGGUUCAUAUGAUGAUGACACCCAACUUCCGCAGAUUCUAGAGAAGCUGGAACGAGCCAGUACCAAAAUGCUAGACAGGUGGAGUAUAAUGACCUAUGAACUCAAAUUGCCACCAAAGGCUUCUCUACUUCCAGAACCUCCAGAAGCAUCCGAAGAAUUUUAUAUGACAAUUUAUGAGGACUCAGUUGCAGCUCAUCUUACAAAAAUCCUCAAUUCUGAUGAACAUGCAGUGAUCAUAUCAUCUGCCAAGAUACUAUGUGAAACUGUAAAGGACUUUGUUGCUAAAGUAGAGAAGUCAUAUGAAAAAACGUUGGAAAACACCGUUGCAGCCGAUGCCAUGGCCAGUAAAUGUUCAGUCCUAAAUGAAAAGCUUGAACAACUGCUUCAAGCCUUGCACACAGAUUCCCAGGCCACCCCCAUUGUCCCAGGCAUCCGCUCUGUCAUUGUAGAAGAAGAUACCGUGGAAUCUUCCAGUGAAGAAUCCUUGUGUGAAAGCAAAGAACAACUCGUGGAUGACCCUACGAAACCUCCAUCCCAGAAAGCUGUCAAACCAAAGGAAAUAAUGUUGCGGGCAAACAGUUUAAAGAAAGCAGUGAGGCAAGUCAUUGAAGAAGCCGGCAAAGUUAUGGAUGACCAGACCGUUCAUCCCUGUGAACCAGUUAACCAGUCAUUUGAUAACGAUAGUACAGAAACAGAUGAAUCUAAAGAAGAAUCUAAAGAUGAUGAUGCAAAAGAGUCAUUAACUGUUAAAACUGCACCUGCCCCUCGGUCUCCAGAUGGCCGGACAACUCGUUUCCAGACUGACUCUGGCCCUGGUCCAGCUGUGGCAGCCGGCAAAGAAAACCUCCCUGUGCUCAACACCAGAAUAAUCUGCCCAGGUUUAAGAGCAGGACUCGCUGCCUCGAUUGCUGGGAGUUCUAUUAUCAACAAAAUGUUGCUAGCAAAUAUUGAUCCUUUUGGUGCAACGCCAUUUAUUGACCCAGACCCAGAUUCAGUAGAUGGAUAUUCAGAAAAAUGUGUCAUGAACAAUUACUUUGGGAUUGGAUUAGAUGCAAAAAUUUCAUUAGAAUUUAAUAAUAAGAGAGAAGAGCACCCUGAAAAAUGCAGGAGCCGAACUAAAAACUUGAUGUGGUAUGGAGUCCUUGGAACCCGGGAGUUAUUACAGAGAUCGUAUAAGAAUUUAGAACAGAGGGUUCAACUUGAGUGUGAUGGGCAGUAUAUUCCUCUCCCCAGUCUGCAAGGAAUAGCAGUGUUGAACAUUCCCAGCUAUGCAGGAGGCACUAACUUUUGGGGUGGAACUAAGGAGGAUGAUAUAUUUGCUGCACCAUCAUUUGAUGACAAGAUCCUGGAAGUCGUUGCAAUAUUUGAUAGCAUGCAAAUGGCAGUUUCAAGGGUCAUUAAACUGCAGCAUCAUCGAAUAGCUCAGUGCCGUACAGUAAAAAUCACUAUAUUUGGUGAUGAGGGCGUCCCAGUGCAGGUGGAUGGUGAAGCAUGGGUUCAGCCUCCAGGAAUUAUCAAAAUUGUGCACAAAAACAGAGCUCAGAUGCUAACAAGGGACAGGGCUUUUGAAAGCACUCUGAAAUCUUGGGAAGAUAAACAGAAGUGUGAUUCCGGUAAGCCAGUUCUUCGAACCCAUUUGUACAUCCAGCAUGCCGUUGACCUGGCAACAGAAGAGGUGUCCCAGAUGCAGCUAUGCUCCCAGGCUGCAGAGGAGCUCAUUACUAGGAUCUGUGACGCAGCCACGAUCCAUUGUCUUUUGGAGCAAGAACUGGCCCAUGCCGUAAAUGCGUGCUCCCAUGCACUGAAUAAAGCCAACCCACGGUUCCCAGAGAGUCUUACGAGAGACACUGCCACUGAAAUAGCCAUCAAUGUGAAGGCACUAUAUAAUGAAACAGAAUCUUUGCUAGUUGGCAGGGUUCCUUUGCAGUUAGAAUCCCCACAUGAAGAGCGGGUAUCUAACGCCUUACAUUCUGUGGAGGUGGAGCUGCAGAAAUUAACUGAGAUUCCUUGGCUUUAUUAUAUCCUACACCCAAAUGAAGAUGAGGAGCCCCCCAUGGAUUGCACCAAGAGAAACAGCAGAAGCACGGUAUUUCGUAUCGUGCCAAAAUUUAAAAAGGAGAAAGUUCAGAAGCAGAAGACAAGUUCACAGCCUGUUCAAAAAUGGGGCACAGAGGAAGUUGCUGCUUGGCUGGAUCUGCUCAAUUUGGGAGAGUACAAAGAAAUCUUCAUCCGUCAUGACAUCAGAGGGGCUGAACUUUUGCAUCUGGAAAGGCGAGAUCUGAAGGACCUGGGGAUAACGAAAGUGGGUCAUAUGAAGCGAAUUCUCCAGGGAAUUAAAGAGUUUGGAAGGAGCACUCCCCAGUCUGAGGUGUAAUCAUAUUGGUGCUAUUCCUUGGAAGGGAAGUAAUUGCUACGUAAUACAAAGCUCUUAGAAGCAAUUGUCUGUUUCUACUUUUCUGCCUAGAAAAGCAAGCACCAUGGAAGCACCUCUAUGGCUUGAUAUGUUGCUGUGGGUAAAAAUUUUGAUUUGAGGUAUUAGAAAAUAUUUUUGUGCCAAAAAAUACAUUCCACAAAGCCAUUUUCUUAUUGUGCAAACUUGACAUGUUCAAAUAUGCUCAUAUUAGUAAGAAGGUUGGAAGAAUUUGAGACAAUUGCAUUGUCUAAAAGGUGGAAAUGUUUACUUUCCUCAAACCUGGUCAGAUGGAAUGUUCUUACUAUGUGACUGCAUAACAAUAUGUGGCUAAAACUUCUUAGGUUUCGUUAUUGGAGGCAUUGGCUUCUUCCUUAAAAUCAUUGGUUAGGAGACUAAGGAUAUAAAUUAUGUUGUGUUUUGAAUGUUAGAUUGGGUAUGACCUCAGAUUCCUAGCAUUCAGUGGUGGUAGAAUAUGGUUGAAACCCUUCAAAUGUUAUGAAUGAAUGCAAAUCUUAAUGCACGACAUUCCUGCCUGAAUUGUUUUUCUUUUUCUUGCAUGUCACAUGUAAUAUCGUAAAACUUAGCUUUAAUGUCAGUUUUAAUGUAAUUUAAUUUAUUACUACCGAAGAACCUUUUGUUGGUUCAAGGCACUUUUCUGUUCUUUGAUGUGGGAUUUUGGAUAAAUAUUCUGUAUCUAAGAUUUUGUGAACAUGUGUCUGUGCCAUAAUCAACAAAUGAUAUACAUUUUAUGCAAGCCAAUUUGAUGUCACUCUAUUAUCAACAGUAGAUAUGCACAUUAAGAAAAUCUCUGGAUAUUUUCAUAAAAUUACAUGUUCUGUUGCUGAACAAAACUUAUUAUAGCUUCCCAAACCAAAAUUCCCACAUUUUGUUAUUUUUUGUUUUAAUUUAGUAUUUAUUUAAUACUCUUUGCCUUUAUAAAUGUAGUAGGCUGUUGACAUCCAGGAGUUUCCCCAAGGUCUCAAGUGGGAUUUGUAUACUGAUCCGUCACGCAGACUUACCCACUGACUAGAGUGACUACUGACACAACUUCUUAACAAGAGAUUUAAAUUUUUAAAUUUUUUCUUAAGGGCUUUAUAUUAUUAAUUAUUAUUAUCUCACUUAAUUCUUAUAUCAGGUAGAUAUUAUUUUCCUUUUUCUAACCCACUAGACUUCAGUGUAGCUUAUUAGGAGUCAACAUUGCAAAUUAUCAAAUCUUUGAAAGCCAAAAGCGUAAGUGUCAAAAAGUCACAAAAAUAUCCUUAAACUAUCUUUCUUUAGACGUUAUAUACCAAAAAUUAAUUAUAAUAUUUAAAAAUCUUCUAUAUAAGAGAAGUAAACAGGGUAUUGACCCAGUGGUGACAAUUUUCAUGAAGUAGCCUUCUAAGUAGGUGCUCAAUAAAUAUACAUACACACAUAUAUACAUCUACACAUAUAUGUUUCUAUACACAUAUACAUUUAUAUGUAAAUUCAACUUACAUAUGCAUAAUCUUGAAAUAUACUCUCAUUGAUAUUUUCUAGACAAUUAUUUGCCAAAUGCCUAAUGAGAGAAAUUAAUGGGAAAGUAUUUAAAAUGAACACUGUCAGACAUAUAAUUUAAUGAUAGCCAAGAAUUUUAAAUAUGUGACACUUUAUUCUUAUUUAUAAAUCGGGUAUUUAACUACUAGUGAAAUCACAAAAUUUGGAUAUCUUAAAAAUAAAUGAGCCUGAUGGGCUCCUGACCAAAUGUGUCUGACUAUAUAUUUUACCUAAGUUGUGAGUAAAUAUUAAUUUUCCAAAGGGAAUUAUAUCAAGUAGUGUGAAAGAAUCAAAAGCUGCUCAAUAUUGUCAUGUUACCCACUCUUAUGAAAUCCAAGGGCUUCUCUUCCAGUUCCUUUAUAGUGCUCAUCUCCCCAUCCCUUGCAAGGUGUCCUGCUUUUCCAGGCAUUUCCCUGUGAAAUUAAAAUAGAGAUGCCAGAGUCUCUGAACUCAGCUGUGAGAUCACAGAUCCCUGUCCAGUUCCACCAAAAAAAGAAAGGUAGAGGCAAAGAGGCAAGGAACCCUAGAGAAGAAUGAAUUGAUAUAAACAUCUUUAUUGAUUUUCUCUCACCCAAAAUACCUGUUUGCCAAUAGAAAAGAUUUAAGCUAUAUUACGUGUUCAAAUUCUAGAGUAAGAUAUAAGUGAUUAAAUUUUUUUGUUUGAUGGUGAUCUUCUUACUCUUAGGUGAUAACUCUUAUCUAUGCUGUAAAACCUCAAUUAUGGGCUCCUUAGUUAACUAGGAUUUUCUUGCAGAUGGCUUUUGGAUGAGGGAAAUCCCUUAAAAUGACACUUUUGGUAUCUUUUUUGUAUAUGCUUUAUCUGUGCAUGGCACAGGACCCAGAUGACUUUUUACUCACAUCCGUUUGCCAAGAUGGUGUCCUCAGAGCCCCUUACAGCAUCACAGAGGAGCCAGCUUCUUACAGUAGAUGGGGCUACAAAUAAAAAGUAGGAAGAACUGCUUUCUGGAAUCUGGUCACAGCUCAGGGGAAUGCAGGUGGGGCCUCUGUACCUUGGUCCAUUUAUCAGCUGAGGUGAGAAGCUUAAACCUGCUCCCAAUUGCCAGCUGUAAUCGCCACCUAUCCUCCCUGCCAGGCCCUCCCAUGCCUGGAUAAUAUGGGAGGGGUGAAGGGAAAUCACAGCCCAGCCAGCACCCGUUCCCUGCCAGUUUCAUUUUCCUGAAGAACUUGCUUUUAUAUGUACUUUUUUUUUUUUAUUUUUAAGCAAUCUCCAUACCCAGAGUGGGGCUUGAACUAACAACCCCAAGACCAAGAGUCCCAUGCUCUACUGACUGAGCCAGCCAGGCCCCCCAGAACUUGCUUUUCAAGAAGGGAGGCGACAGACCUAAGUAAAAUUUUAAAGUACUCCAUUUUCCCCUUCGUGUUAAUUCCACCUCUCUGAGUUCCCUUCCCACCUCCCGGCUUCCUAUCUCCCACAUGCCCAUUACUGUCACCAUUGCUCAAUUCCUCACUGCCAUGUACCCUCUCUACAUCAACUCUCCCACUACAGAAUGACUCCUUUCACCUCUCCCCACUUAAGUGUCCAUUGUGGGUCAUCUAAGCAAAGUGUCAGGAGGAAAACAAUUUAAAGAAACUAAUUUUACAGUUUGUGUUUUAUAAGAGGAAACUUGCUCAUCUAAAUGAAUUGAUGAGUUCGAUGAUUUGGAGACCAUGAUAUGGAUCUAUCUGGCUAAGAAGAGAUGACCUGUGAACAUCUAGACCUGUGCUGUCCAAUGUUGUAGGCACUAGCCACAUGUGGCUGUUUAGAUUUCCAUUGAAUUAAUUAUAAAGUUAGUUUCCCAAGUGCACUAGCCACAUUUCAAGUGUUCAGUAAAUAUAGUAGAAACUACAGAUGUUGAACAUUUCCAUCAUGGCAAAAAUUCUACCGGACAGCAUUGGUCUAGAUCAUCAUGAAUCAAAUGUGGUCCAUGGACCAACAGCAUCCAUGCCACCUGAGAGUUUAUAGAAAUGCAGACUCUCAGGUCCCCUCCAGACCUACCAAAUCUCAAUCUUCCUCUUAAACAAGAUUUGUCAGUGGUUAACACUGGCCUAGCCAUAUUUUUAUCCCUCCCAGACAUUGAGGAUCUGAGUUCUCAAAAAAAAAAAAACCCUCAGAGUAGCUUACCCAAUCCACUACUUCCUUGAACCAGAAAUGAGCUUUAACCCCAUCCAUCACUCUCACAAUUUCUUCUCAAUGCUUAUCCCUAAUUCUAGUUCUGGAUAUGCCCUGCCUACCCAGGGGUUAUAUUUUGGUAGCGAAGAUAAAGCAAGAUUGGCUGACGAAUGCAGCUGGCCUCUCCCAGCUCCCACGUCAUGUCCAAGUCACUUAACAAUCCACCUUUGCUGAGUUUCUUGCUCAUGUGGCAUUCUUAUUUGUUCACAACUUAAGUCACAGGGAACAUUUCAGAAGAAUAUGUACUGAGAUAAGUAAAGGCUGGGCCAGUCUCCUACAACUUGUACUUUUCACAUUCUCUUAUCACUAGAUUAUCUUGUUGACAUAGUUCAUGCUUGAGGAUACAAACAGUGCAAGCACAUGAAAUGAAUCACUAGGCAUGGAAAAAAAAAACCCAAAAUGACUCCAAGUAAACCGAAUGUGUCGUUAAAGCCCUCAAAGAAGGCAUGUUUUGCUGGACUUUGUUUUUCUUGUUAUGCUAACUUAUCUUGAUUUUUCAGAUAAUUAAUAAUUUCUUAAAGUAGUUCCUGAGAUAUAUCAUAUUUUUGAUCCUUAAAAUACAAAUUAUUUAAUUCUAUAUUAAGAUCUUUCCCAAUGAUUUAUUGCCAAUAAUCCUUCACUUAAUAAUUUUUACAUAUUACUAUCAUUAACUGAAACAUUACUGCCUAGAGAUUCUUUAGCUAAUUUUAAGAAAUAAAGAGGGCACUGCUUUAGUCCUAAUAGAAGUUACUUUUAACAGGAUUCGAGAAAGAAAAUAUUCAUGCAGAGCUAUGGCUUAGAAAAUUACAGUGGAAACCUCUAUAAACAUCAUUUUUAAAGUAAAUUAUCUAUUCUCUCAGACUAGGAUGACAACACAAUGGACUUUCGUGUCAUAUAGAUGCAAAUUCUUCGAGGGUAUAGUUUUUCACUAAGCUCCAUAAAUGAUACAUCUCUCAGCUUUGAUGUUUAAGAUCUCUCCUGCCCUCUCCCCUCAGAAUGAACUCAUCCUGCAUUUUUCAGAUGCAAGUUGGGUAGAACACUGGGUUCAGAGUUUGAUAAUAAUACAAGUGGCAGUUUUAAAACAUCCGGGUUUUAAAAAUCAGUUGGAAAGAGUGAACAGUGAAGGUUCUUCAAAUACUAUCUAUUUGUCAAUGGAAUAACCUCCCCAGGCAGUUCCCAUGGUGCUUGGCAGCCUUGCCUCUUCCUCUUUGGCCUCCCCUCACAGAGUGCCGUGGGUGCCUGGGAUUUGUUUAUCUCUGCUAUGGCAUCUUUCCGGUGACUUUUGUAUAGCAAUCUGUGUGUCAGAUGGUAAGACGAUGCCUUUGCAGUAGCAGGCCUUCCUAAAGAAACAACCAAAAUUUUAAAAAGGCAAUGAUUAUUGGUUUUUAUAAUACCCAAAGCAUUCUUUACCUUUAUUAUUGCUUCUUUUUAUUAUUGUCUCCAAAUUUCGUUUAGAGACAUUUCUGUUAGCAGAAAAAACUAUAAAAGUUUAUCCUUACAGAGAACAGAGAGAUAAAAGACAGCUGGACUGUACCUAUUUGUAUACUUUUUCCGUUACUUUCGGGAAUAUAAGUUUAAUGGUAACUGAAACUGCACUAAACUCAGUGUUGAAGAUAAAAACCCAUAUUACUACUGUAGACGAACAGAUCGAUCCCCUCAUGUAACUAAGAUAGUCUAUUUACAUAUAUUUAUAUAUCUUCUCUCUUCAUUUUUGAUGCACAUCCAAGUUUAAGUUGGAAAAACAGAAACCAAGCCACUACUUAAAAGCUAUAAAAGCUCCACAUAAAAUAUUUCGUUUUAGCUACAAGUUAUUCAUUGCAUAGGAAUUUAUAAAUAGUCUGGGUAUUUCAUAGGAGCUGCAUUUCAAGAGUAAAUUAACUGUAUCUAAAAGAACAUAGGGAUACUUCUUAAAUGCAUUAAGAUAAGUUCCAUAUUCAGUUGAUGAUGCUAUUGAAGUAGGAUAAUGCAAUUAGAUAAACAAGCUAAAGAGAAAAAAGAAUAUAUUUUGUGGUCCUUACUGUUUGCACUAUUGUUUACCACAGCUUAGCCAUAUCUAUUUGUAUAUUCUAAGUAUUUAGCUGAUAUGUAGCUAAUGAUUUCUUACAGUUCUGGUAACUGGUAAUUAGUGCUGUGAAAGAUUUUGGUAUUGUAACCUUCCCAGUUUUGUGAGUUAUAUAUUGUAUAUUGAAGAUGACUAAUAAAUUGGAGUAAUAUAUUUAUCUAGAGCUGGGAAAAUAUGAUAAUUAUUUUCAAAUCUUCAAGUAAGUUGUAUGGAAUUUGUUUCUUCCUCUCAAGUGAGAUAAAAGUCUCACUUUUAUGUUAAAAUGUCUAUUUAUACAACAAGUUUCUCCUUUUACUGGUUUUAUUAAUUUUCAUAUUAAAAUUUUUCUUAUCUUUUGAUACCAAAAUAAUUAUCAUGCUGGUAAUUCAAACUGCCAAGAUGUAUUUUAGUUUGCAGGAAUUUUGGCAGACAAAAUAUUUAAUAACAAACCAGCUUUGUAUAUUUUGUGGCUUUGGGGGCAAGAAUUUUACCUUUGAAUCUCUAUGUGAGGCAGUGCUGAUAUCAACAAAGUCAAUGAUAAGACAGUAUUAUUUGUGAUCAUCAGUAGAAGGUUUUCUCAAGUUGUAUAAAUCAGUGCAUUUAUUUAUUAUGUUGUGAAAUUUAAUCUUUAUACAAAACGCAUAUUCUAGCUUUGUUACUGCUGUUGCUUAGAGCGUAAUAGGUCUGUUAAUGAUUUACUUAUGUACUUGAAGUACUCAUUUCUGUCAAACAGAUGCCCGUUUUUUUUUCUCGUUAAAAAAUGGUAUUUUUUUUUACCAUUAUUGGUAAACAGUAAUAGAAAUUUGUUAAAAAAUAACUUGCCUAUUUAAAAUAAAUAUGGAAAAAGGCAUAAAGCCAAAAUUAAAUCAUAAAUAUUAAGAAUUUAAUGUAACCAAGGGAUUCACUGUGCUGUCUUUUCUCAAUAUGUAUUUUAUCUUCAAGUUAGGACUUCUUUUCUGUGAUAAACUUUCUGCUUUUCUUAUAAAAGAGAUCUCAGCGAUUGUAUGUCCGUAUAACACUCAGCUGAACAUUGACAUUCUUGAACCCAAAAAAUGUCACAUACUUCUGGGGGGCCAGCUUUAGAUUCAAGGGUGUGUAUUUUUAAUACAAGUUUGCAUUUGACUGGCCUGCUUUACAAAUAGUAACCUUGAUGGAUAGUGCUCUAUUUGUUUCUGUCAAUUAAGUCAGUGGGAUUUUAAUUGAGUUUUGAGUUACCUUUGUUUAAAAAAGUAUUCUUUGUUCAACUCUUUAAAAAACUAGAAAUUUAAAACAUAAUGGCAUAACCUAGAGAACAAAAUUAGGUGUUUUUGAGGAAGAAAAAAAAAUGUUCUGACUUAAUGUGAGCCAAUGUUAUAUGCCGAAGAAACCGAUUUAACAAGUCCAACAUUCAACCAUUUUAUUGUUUUGCAGUGUGAGCUGUAGGUGAAUUGUGAACUGUUUAAGAAGUAUAGUAGGAGAGUGAGAAUUAAUUUACUAAAAUUUUAAAGAGAGUUUUGUAUUAAUUUCACUGUUGCACAAGCGAUUAUGGAAGGCAAGAAAAAUAUAUGAGAAAUAUAUUGAAAUAUAUGGAAACAGUAGAAAGAAAAAGGAGCUUGAGCUGGUAAUUAGGCGAAGAUUUGGAGAUGAAUAGUUAGAACAUAGUUAACUUUCACCUUAUAGAAACACAAAACAUGUGUGAGAUGUUCAAUACCACAAAAAAACAAAAAAGUCACACUGGUGAUGUCUGAGACUGGAUCUGUUUGGUAUCAGUACAGCCAGUGAAUUCAGGGAGCUCAUUCUACUGUUGCAAUUUCGAAGUCAGGUAAGCAGGUAGUUGGGAUGACCUCAUUUGUGUUUUUUACAUGAGCAGAUGUCUGUGUUUUGUCAACUUAGUGAUUGACUGAGGGAGAAUGAGACACGAGGACUUAGCCAGUUCCUACAGAAGAAUCCUCAUAAGGUCACCUGCGUGGCUCAGUGGUUGAGCGUCUGCCUUUGGCUCAGGUCAUGAUCCCAGGGUCCUGGAGUCAAGUUCUGCAUUGAGUUCCCCGCCGGGAGCCUGCUCCUUCCUCUGCCUCUGUCUCUGCCUCUCUCUGUGUGUCUCUCAUGAAUAAAUAACACAUUAAAAAAAAAAUCCUUGUAAAGGUGGAUCAGCCUGUACCAUGCCGACUAAAGAGAUUUUCAUGAACUUGCUAAGCUUUGAGAUUUGUUAGCAGUGAUAGAUUUUCCUUUCAUUUGCAACAAUGAAAGAUUGUCAAAAUUUACAAUAUUGUAAAUAGCUGAAUUACAUGAUUCUGGAGUUGGAAAUGUGGUUCAGAUUUAUUUGGUUCUAUAACUGACUCUGGCACUGGCUCACUGUGGCUUUUCUACAGACUGUGGAUGUUUUGGUGUUUCUGUUUUCCCAUUUGGAAGUGGCACCCAGUAUUACCAAUUAUAAGUACUUGGUAAUUUUUCUUUUACAGCAGAAAUUAUGUAAGUGUGAAUCAUACUGAGAUUGACCAAUUCUUUCCCAUUGCCAUUUGAUAUACAGAGAAAGACUUCCAGAACUAUAGCAUGAAAAUUAAAAGUCCAAAUCAAUAGCCCUGAUGUUCAGUUUGACAUGAGAGUGAAGCUGCAGGACUACUAUCUGUACCAGAGUAGGUUAUGGUUAUUUUCACCUGUGUAUUACAGGUCCAUAUUUUCAUUUACUCUCACUUCAGAAUCUUUAGAAAUUUAAUAAUUUUAUUUUUUUCUACACUCCCCCUAAACAGUCACGUCCUAGUAGUAUAUAGAUAGAUACUUUAAAAAAAAUUAAUAUCUUCAUGUCUUUUCUUAAAUUAACUCCCCAGAGACACCUGGGUGGUUCAGUCAGUUAAGUGUCUGCCUUUGGCUCAGGUCAGGAUCUUAGGGUCCUGGGAUCGAGUAUCAUGUGCAUCAAGCUCUCUAUUACAUGGGGAAUCAGCUUCUCUCUCUGUGUGUGCUCUCUCUUUCUCUCUCAAAUAAAUAAAUAAAAUCUAAAAAAAGGAUUAACUCCCCAAAGAGGAAACUGUCUCUUUAAAUCAGUGGUUAGAAAAAUAAAAUUUUUGUUGGGGACUUUUCCUAUCUUGUUUUAUCCUGUGAUGCCACUUACUUGGAAGCUGGAGCACUAGCUACAUUCUCUGGCUGUGGGAUGGUGCUCCGUCAUGCGAAGUACCUUAGAAACUUCCGGUAAAGAAACGAAACUAGAGAUUGUUACCAUUGUUACCAUAAUGGAAAUCUGAGUUCAGUUGUUGUUAAAAUCAUUAAAUGAAAGUGAGGGUAAAUUAAUAUCGACUUCUAUCUUCACCAGACAUUUGAAUUCAGUUACUAACUGAUACUUAAAAUUUUGUUCCUAAAUCUGGUAUUUAUUGUAGCAUAAUAUGAUAACUUGAAGCUCCUGUUAUUUCCCCUCCUCCUAAAAAUGUUGAAAUUAUAAGAGGGUGAAAGCUACAGGAGAGAGGGAAAAGGUAGAAUCAGAAUUCUGCGUGGGAUUUUAAUCUGUGUAGUGAUACAACCUAGUUGUCAAGAAGACGGGUCUUUAGAUGGUGAUUCCAGAAUGAUUUGGUACAGUGACAGGAAGGAAUUAUUUUUCUGGGUAUUUGCCUCUCACGAUACCUGGUAUACAGAUGACCCUAGGAUAAUUAACGGUAAUUAUAAAUCUUUUUAGAACCUACCCUGUUUGCACAUCUCCGUUGUGCAGCAGCUUUUUAAUAUAUGUAAUGAUGAGGAUGGAAGAGUUGCAAACUGGAGCAGUUCUUUUGUUUCCUCUCCUCCUUUUACUUGAAAAGCUUUUGAGAGAUGACACCGUUUUCAUAGCAACAUGACGUGAUUUUGUGUUUCUGCCAAGAAACUCACAAACUAAAAUAUGGAACAAAACCAUUGCUUCACCCCAACCUUGGUUUUGGAUUGUAUAAGCAAAAGCCUUUCAAACAUCAAAGCUUUCUCAGUGUUUUCGGUGGCGUAUUUCAGUUUUUGUCCACCUCAAAAGUUGAAUUGGCAUUUUCUGUUCUAUUUCUGGUUGCAGUAAAGCAAUAGUUCCAUCGCAUUAGUCAGCCUUCUAUCAGUACAAACCUUCGUGAUUCUUCUCUCCUGUGCUCUUACCAUUGUUUUCCAGCAACCAGUUUUCCUACAUCCAUUCUCUCUUACCUCUAUAUGACCACCUUGUAUAUGGUCAACGGAGUGAUCUUUCUAAAAUGCACAUUUGCUUUGUCAUUCCUUUGCGAAAAGUUCUUACGUAGGUUCUCCUUUUUGUAGAGCAACCUAACUUCUUGGUGUGACAGAUAAAGGGCUCUGUGGCUUUGCCUCGGCCUACCCUUUGUAGCAUCCUCAGCUGGCUGUUCCCUCUAGAGACCUUUUGUAAUUCAGGAAUUUGGAGCUACUUGCAGUUCACUGCCUUGGCAUAACCACUUGCUAGAGAUCAAUGCUUUUCAAGACUCAGUUCAGAUUUUAACUUUCUGUGAAGCUCUACCUGGCUUUCCCAGCCAGAGUUAAGUAUUUCAUCCAUGCUCCAAAGCAUCUUUAAACUUUCUCUGUUAAAAUAACAUCACAUUUCAUUAUAGCUCCCCCUCCCCACCCCUGGAAUUUCUCUGUCUUUGUAGUCUGUGUGGAGCUAGCACAAAUUAGGGGUUGAAUAAUUGUUUUUGAAGGAGCGAAGGUUAUAUAGAACCCAAACUUCUCUCUAUUCUUAUACUUUGACAAAUGAAAGCUUAGACUUCCCUGAGUCACGUGAGGGGUGCCAGUACUCAUGAGCAGGUGAGCACACAUGCAUGCUGGGCAAGCCAACAGAAGAUAAACAUGAAGGGAGAGGGAUUAUUUUGAAAAAGGGUAAUCAUUUGUUAGCUUUAAAUCAGAAAGAUUUACCAAAUCUGAAUUCUUGUUUCUAAAAACGAGGCUUACAGAAUUUUCCCAUAACUGUCAAUUUCUUGCUUGUAAUUCCUAAAUAUGCCCUAAAGAUGACCUUUCUCCUUUGCAGACACAGUCAGUGUACAAUCUAUAUGAACACAUAUAUUGCUCAUCUAUGCAAAAUUAUAAGAUUUAAGAAAGAAUCAAAACCAAUAGUGAAGGGGAAAUUUUCUCAAAAGGAUUAGUCUGCCAGAGAUAUAGGCUGAAUUUGUGUGAUUUCAGGUCAUUUAUAGCUGUCUGUUGCUAUUAUCACCCCUUCUAGAACACAGAGACUAACAUCUGUUACCUAAUGGCUUGUUUUUCUUUUAUGAUCCUAUAAAACCUUUCUACCAUGUUCCCAAAUCAUGAUAAAGGUCAACACAAAAAGUUCCUUAUAGUUAACAAUUUCUAAAAUUAAAUAGUAAUUAAAAAUUAAAAAUGCAUGUCUUUCAAUUAAAUGCUUUCUUCCUUUACUCACUCGAGAGACAUUUUUUGUACCUGCUGUAUACUUGGCCCUCGAUUAGACGCUGGGAAUACAAUAAAAUAGUUUGUCUUCACAAUUAUUUUCUCCAGCCUAAGAAUAUGGGAGGACAGGUUUUUCACUGAAUAUUUCUCAGGCGAUUUCAGAGUAGUCUUGUUCCACCCCCCCCCAAAAAAUAACCAAAUUCUAUGUCAUAAAGAAUUAAUCCCAUUUUUAUGUCCAGUUUUUGUACAGCCACAAAUAACGUUUGGCCAUCACUUGUCAAAUACGUUUUCCAUCAGUCCUAUAGAGCCCCAGUUCUACAACUGUAGAUGCCAUGUGAUCCAAGAGUCUAAUAGAUUUGUCAAACAAGGGUUAAAUUUCAAGUCCUUUUGAGGAAGGCGUAUAUCCCUAUUCAUGGCACAUACACCAAAAUAUAUGAGGUAUGCGUUGUAAACCCACAGCAGAGGGGAAAAAUUAUGAAGUCGUGCUUUCUGGUAUACUUCAAAGACUCCAUUUGAAGUAAUAGGUCAAUAUUUCCACCUCAGUUAUUUUUAAUGGGGAGUAGGGAGUAAUAAUAUUUAACAGGUAGCAUUAUAUCUGAGCAUAUAACAAAUAUACUGCUAGUAUUUGUAUGCCACAAUGCACUGGUGUAGAGGAAAGAAAACAAAACAUUUGAGUUAUAAACAAUUAAAUUCUCUGAAUAUUUAUUGAUGGUUAGGCAAUAGGGUUCCUUUAUAGGAAGGGAAAAAAGUCUUUACUGUAAGUAAGUAUGGAAAAAACCUUACUUGUAUGUAUAUUUACAUUUUGGUAGGCAUAUUUCGGAGUCAUUCUUUCCCAGCAGUAUAAAGUCAUCAACCAUUUCUUUGUUCUCUAGCAGAAGGAAAUUCUUAGUUUGAUGCAACUUCACUCUCUGUUCCGUAAAAGGGCCACAAAAGAAGGAGGCUCAGAAGACUCGGCCCUUAUUAUUUUACCUUUCAGUGAAGAUAAUCAGUAAUUAUUUGUCUCCUGUUUACCAUCGUGUUGAAAACCUAACAACAUAGUCCCUGUCGUCCCUUACAUUGCAAAAGAUAGUUUUAAUCUAGCCUUUGCCAUAUUAUUUAUAAUUGAGGAUUUACUACAUUUUGGUAGUCUGUUUUGAAAUUUUUACUUGUAUCUGAAAGAUGCAGAUCAUGUCUAUUUAUUACACAAUGGGCUCUGUUUGCUGCAGAAAAGAGUGGAACUUUUAACUGCUUAGCACACUUGCCAGUGAAAUACACCCGACAGAGCAGAGGUUAUAACUUUGGCUCUAGUUCGAACCUUUUAAUAAUGGUAAGAAAAUGUGUUUUGUUUGUUUACAUGCUGUUUACAAUGGCAUAAUUUUUUAAAUAUAUACGAUUGAGAUAUUUAUUGCAUACUAUUUUAAAGAUGUUUUAUGUGUUUUCACCUUUGGAAUAUAUUGUUACAGUUACUUAUACAGAUAAUUUGGGUGGCUUUGUUAAUGUAGCUAGUAAUUUUUAUGACUACUAAGUGACCAGUUUUCCGUGCCUUUUAUUGUGGGAUGCAUGAUUAUGUAUUUAUUGUACGGAAGUCACUGAUGUGUGUAUUUUUGUACUUUGCUGAGAGUAACGGUUGAUCUCGAUGUACACGAUGAUGAGAGAUGCCUUUCCCAAAGGCCACUGCCUUGAGAUCGUCCUUCUCAAAUAAAAAGAAUGCAUUUGGAAAAA